AAAGGGGUGUGCCUCUCUAACCCUGCGCCUCGGCCUUCCGCAACUCUUGGGAAUCGUCCAAUACCUACGUCGGCAGUGGAAGAUGAGCUUCUCAACUCGGAAAAUCCCCAGUGCUCGACAUACAGGGUCCUUCGAGAACAACCAAGUUUCGCGACCAUGAAAUAAGCGAUUGGUGAGGAACGUCGACCACGUCGACUCGCCACCAUGGUACGUUUUCUCCUCAAUGAUGUAAGGAAAUUGCCGUGCCAUGUUCUAUCUGCCCAGGACGUCACAUCCUUUCAUUUCUUGCAGUGGCAAAGAUACCAUUUCUGCCUCUCUCCCCGUCUGCCACAUCAGUCUACCCCGUCAGGCGAUGCAGCGCACACCCGCUAGAAUGCGCUCAAUACGAUGAGUGAUCCGAACGCCUUCAUUAGCAAUGGAACGUGCUAUACUGCGCGAGGGGAGAAGUUGGACGACAGCUUUAUCCCAUGCGGCAACGAUGCUUUUGGCCAUCAGGCCUGCUGUGGAGCAGGAGACAACUGUCUCGCUGACAACGCCUGCUUCGGUGUCCACGGCUCUGGCUAUGGUAGCUAUUUGACAUACUGGGCCGGGUGUACCGACCCGAAUUACGAAGACGCAACUUGUCCGAAGAAAGAAGUUGACCAGCCAUGGGUUGCUCUUACACGUUGCAAUGACAAAGAUGAUGAAUGGGCCAUCUGCUCCCAAGAGGGAAACCCCACGACUCUUCAGCCCGGCGCAUACUGCAGCUGCACCAUUGCAGCUUCGGCCACAAUUGCAUUCACCGACUCAAACACCCUUACCAGCAUAUGUUCGCUACCGAAGAGUACCGGCCAGAGCAUACAAUUUUUCGUCGGCCAUUUCCCUAGUUCUUCACUCGCUUCUGCUUCUGGAUCGGCCGCGCCAUCACAGAACUCUGCUUCUACCAGUGCCAGUGCAGGCGAAAGCUCCUCUGGUGCAUCGAGCUCUCCUGGGUCGCCAAGCUCCUCUGCUGCUGCGUCGAACUCAGCUACGACUACUUCCGGUCCAAAUUCCACGAAAGCAACUUCUACGUCCGGCCCUACUUCGGCAAGCGCAACUUCCGCAGAAGCUAGCGGUGGAUCAGAAGCUAGCAGUGGCUCAGUCACGGUCUUCACAUCAAGCGGCACAACAUUUACAUCGACCGUCACGCCCUCGACAACCUCUCCGGCCGGCGUGGCAGGCGGGGCUGGUGGCGGUGGUAGCGGCGGCACUCAUUCAGGGCUCAGCUCCGGAGCCAAAAUUGGCAUUGGAGUCGGCGCAGGCAUCGGCGCACUAAUCCUGCUCGCUUUGAUAUCAGCUUUCUUCCUGCUCCGCCGUAAGCGUCGACGGCGCCCCCGGUCAAAAGUCGAGAGCGGCGAUCAUGACAACGCUCCAGAUCUCUCCAAGCCGCCCCCAGCCGAUGAACCUCCCAAGUCUGAAAUGGUUCCCGCCUCUGUGCCUACGCCAUACGACACAAACGGGCAGAUGAUGUCCGAAGCUGACGGGCGGGCUGCCUGGCCUUGGACUCUGCGGAGUGAGCUUGAGGGCAGCCGUCCGACAAGGAAAGGAGAGCCUUUCCCUAUCGCUGAGUUACCGGGGAGUGAGAAUUUCCCGGGUGAGCAUGGACCAGGCGAUACUACGUUGGUCGGAGAGGCGAAUCGCCAAAUCGGUCCUGGAUGGCAGAAAGGGUCAUCGUUGAAGCUGCUGAACAGUAGCGCUGGGAAGGAGUACUUGCAGGCUUCUAGCUAGCAUCUCUCUAUAUACUUUGUUCUGUUGUAUAUACGUGUACAUAAUGAAGGCGAGUCACGCCCAAGGAGAGGACGGUGCAACAUGGUCUGGAGCAUAAAAGGAGGCCAGAAGUGUUCGGCGACGGCGGCGUAACUCACCGCAGACAGGAUCAUCGAUGAUACCCAAUAAGCACACAUAUCAAGUUAUGG